AUGUCUCUAUACCAACUUGUAUAUCGGAAGGCUUAUAACUUACCGGUAGAGCUAGUGCACAAGGUGAUUUGGGAAAUGAAGAGACUGAACUGGGAUUGGACAGGAGCAUCAGAACAAAGUCUAAAUGAGUUGAAUGUUCUUGAUGAGUUUUUCCUAGAAGCCUAUGAAAGUUCAGCCAUUUACAAAGAGAAGAUGAAGAAGUAUCAUGACCAAAGUAUUGAAAAGCGAGAAUUUGCGUCCAAAUGGACAGGGCCAUUCCUCAACACCAAAGUAUUCCCACAUGGAGCGAUUGAGCUAGAGAACAAGGAAGGCACAAGGUUCACAUUCAAUGGACAAAGGAUAAAGAUCUAUCUGGGACAUUCGGAGAGUGUUCACGAAGUGAUUGAGGCCUACCAUAUAAAGUCUGAGUAA